CACUGCCGUCAGUUUUCACCAGCGCUAUUCUGGAAGCACACGUUGAACGCGUACGACGGUUUGACAGGUUUACACCGAGUACACGUCGAACUCCGUAAAAAUCACCAUCAGACUGACACUGUGAACGCGAAGGUUACUGUAUUUUACCGCCAGAACUAUUGCGUGAUUUGCGUCAUGCUGGUUAUGUGCCAAGAGGACAAAAUAAAUAACAAGAGAACAUUUAAUUAUGUACAGUAUAUUCUACAGAAUUCGGUUUUUUGGGCUUAGCUUACAAUUGUUAGGGCUUAUUACUGCACUCCGUACUGGCUACGUAGGCACCGAGAUUGAAUGGUUUUCACAAGGCAAACCAAUUCGCAACGAGUACAGUACUAACGCGCUAUGCGUAGUUGCGCGUAUUACGUACGUGUUAUGACGUAACGUGUUGUCUGUUCCGUUACGUAUGACUUGCUGUUCUUAUCUAACGCAUUUCAUCGCUAAUUCCAUCCAUGAUUCUGGUUUAACGAAUCGGUCUGAAGUUUCUGACUUCAACUAAAUCUGUGAGCUUGUUUCUAGCUGAAAGGUCGUGUGACUCUAGGUUAGAAGGAAGUUCAUAUCUCGUUCUGUUCUGUUCUGUUUGUUCGUUCGUUCAGUUUGGUGAUUAAACAUUUGGGAAGUUCCUGAGUGUUUGGGUUUCGGUAACUUUCGUUAGGCACAGCAAUCCGCUCGUACCUAGCGGAAGUAGGCAGUAGUACCACUUACGGAGUCCAGAGCAUAUUCCCACUCUACCGAUUGAGUAGGUUUGGUCAUCUAGUGCGGUUGUCGCGGUGCGACUUCCGCAUAGCAUGUCAUGGCGCCCAACGGAUUUUAACAACCCCUGGGAAUCUGGAUCGUCUGGUAAGUGGUAUUUGGUUUUGGCGUUUUGUGUGGUGUUGGUUGACCGCGUGGAUUCUCAGAGAAUCCCGUGAGGCAAGGUUCCUAAGUGAGAACCAGGUGCUAGACCGCAGUGUGUACCGCAGUGACCUCAGAGGGUUACGCGAGGCACGGUUCCUAAGUGCGAGCCAGGUGCUGGACGGGAGUCCGCCUGUACUUGUACUGGUAAUUAGUACGGUGUGUACUAAGAAGUGGUGGCGUAAGCCGUGUUAUUUGUGCAGACUUACAUCCGGGUUCGGUGACCUGGAUUACUUGUCUGUUGUUUGUCAAGCAGGUGCAAUGGAUGGUACAGUGAUUGAACCAUCAGCAUUAACCGCUGGACAUGAGGAUGGUCCGGAAGAGCCAUCAACGGGAAAAAGUAAACCGUCCCGUCGAAAAGGGAUGAUUAAUGUUGAAGAGUUUGAAGCCAUGCUGGUGAAGGCGGAUUAUUUAAGCCCGCCUACAGUGCAGUGGUUUCUACCCGAAGACGAAAAGGUUGGCGAUUUCUGCAAGAAGUGGGAAAUUGUUCUCCCACGUACUGGAGAAUUAAGUCAGGAAUGGGUUGAAUAUGACCUUAAUGGUGGUAAAAAACCUGGAGGUUAUGAUCAGUGGAUUCAGGCAGGAAGGAAGAUUCCCGCCCGUCGAACGAUCCACCUGACCUUGCACGAUUACGAUCAGCAGUAUGGCACUGAACUGCAUGGCAAAUGGAUGCAGUAUCUUGCCAACAAAAGCCUGAUCAGUCUGCAGCAGAUAGCGGUAAAGCUCGUCCAGGGUCGAAUGUGCAGCAAAGCGGCGGAGUGCAGGUUGUACUCAGUGAGGGCAAUGCACUGUCUGCCAGUGGUUUGAGUGGUACUGCGAAAGAUACCGUGGUAACUAAGCACUUGGACCUGACAGAAAUGAAUAAGGUAUUGGAGCAGAUUAAUAAUGCUCCAGAUUAUUCAGCUGUUGUUACUGGAGAUGAUGAUGAUAGCGAUGCGGAACUGGCAGCUGUUGAUCAGCGUGAUGGAAACGCUGAUGCUCACUACAGUCAGAAAGUUGGCAAGGAAAGCGAUGAGUCAUCAACCGCUGCUGUGGUUGAUCAGUUACAUAAAGAACUGGAUGCGGAAAAGGUGCGAUACCAUGCGCUCGCUUUGAAGCAUGAUGAAGUAAUCGGAAAGUAUAACGAUUUGGUCGAAAAAUACGAUGAUAGUGUUGAUCAUCAAAAAAAGUUGACGGAUGACCUAAAGUUGCUUACUAUCAUGCGGACGAGAGAUGCAAAGCUGAUGCAGGACGCGUUCGAGCAUGUUAACAGUGAAAGUGAGAAGUUGCAACUGGAAAGGCAGAAGUUCCAGUUAGAGAAGGAGAAAGCGCAGAAAAGCUUUCAAGAAGGCACGGCCGCCUUGAAUAAAAAGUAUGCAAGUUUUCUGGCUGAACAAACAGCAUUUAAAGUUGCUGUUGAUAAGUGGAAAAUUGAUAAGAAUAAUGGACGUCAUGCAGUAAAUGAUGACGUUAUCUUUGUUCCGCAUGUUGAAGCAGGUCGACGCAGCGUAGUAGUACAGGAUAUGGCUGAACCUGUACGAAAGCUGUACAGUGCUGUUCAUAAGCCUGUCUUUGUAGUCAAAGAUACCCAGAAGCUGGAAAAUUUUCUGGAUUUACGUGAGCGUGCGCAUAACAUGCAGGAAUGUUUGGGUGAGUCGCGUAGUCCUUCACCAACGAUUUCAGAAGUUAGCACAAUUGCUUUGGCCAAGAUGGAAGCCACGGUUGCUGAACUUGAUCGUCGUUUAAAGGAACAGGAAGCCAAGGGCGGUAGUACUGUUUCCGCUCCGUUUGAUAUGGAUAAGUUUACUGAUGCAAUGAAAGGUGCAUUCAGGACUGAUACAAUGUAUCCUGAAAAGUUUGAUGGGAAGACAGACACGAAUAAGGUUGAGCAGUUUAUCCAGAGUGUGGAUAAUUGUAAAAACCACAACAGUUGGUCUGAUGGUGACGUCAUCAGUAAGUGCCUGUCGCGCUGCCUUACUGGUACGGCGCUUACCUGGUACUUGGAUAAGUACGAUUCUAAUAAGAAGUUGAAGUGGUCUGAAUGGAAGAAGUUGCUCCGGGAACAUUUCUCGGAUGAGAAAGAUUUAAUGGCAGUUCGUGAUAAGAUUGCUGAUCGUCAUUUUACUAGUUACGAUACACCGAACUCGUAUGUGGAUUGGUUCACUACGUCGUUCAAAAAGUUAGAUUUGAAUGAAUCUGAACGUGUGUAUUAUCUGAAGCAGGGUUUAAAGAAGAACCGUUUCUUUUGGUUCAAGUACAUGGAGGAGAAAAGAGUGGCGGAUGUUGAAGAAUUUUUGUCAGAAUUGAAGCUGCAGUAUAAACUGCGGAAUAGUAACCCUGGUCCUGGUUACUCUGAUUCGAAGCAGUUCAGUGGCAGGAAGCCAGCUGAUGCAGAUAGCAGUUCAGUUAAAGCUGCUGGUGAUGAGACGAAAAAGACCGAUGGGAGUGUUGGUGAUAAUGGUAAGCAAAUUACCAUUAAUUACGCUAAACGGUAUUUUCCAGAUGGACAGCCGAUAUGUUUUAAAUGUCACGGUGCGCAUGUGGGAAAGAAGUGCACCAGUUCGGAACCGCGUAAGCCGAUUACAGCGGAACCACCGGAUCAGGUUAAAAGUGCACAAGUUGCGGAAGGAGAUGAAACUCGCAGUGGGGGCGGAGCCGCCCAGUCACAGUUCAGCUCGGCACGCUGUCCGACGAGGCACUCGCUUCGCAGUGGGGGUGCUCAGGCUCGUGUGGGUUGGCGUCGGAAGCAGAGCAACAGUGCUUACUUAAAGCGCUUGAAGUUCCUGAUCGAAAAUCCCGAGGCGGAGAUGAGUCAGGAUGAGAAAGAGAACGUGAAAGGUUUUCAUGUUUAUCGUGGCAUUGUGUACCGUAGCAAGGGCGGUAGGUACGGUAGACACCGUGUAGUCGUACCGGAAGUUAGCCGCCAGGACUUGUUACGAGACUGCCAUGAGAGUUAUCAUGCUGGUAAUUUGCAUGAUUACUGGUCAGUCCGUAAGUAUGUUUUGCGGAAUUAUUACUGGCCUGGGAUGAAUGCUGAAUUGUGGAAAAUGGAAGCGGGAUGUGAGCAAUGUAGUGCUCAUGUUUAAGUUUCGACUGCUACGUUGUGAGUCCGCUGUUUUAUUGUCAGUAUUGUACUGACAGUGUAACUUGCUUUUACUCAUAACCGCAGGAUUAAUCAGCGAAAAGGGGAUGCUGAUUGCCCAACUAUCAGAAAGAUAUAGAAAUUUGUUGUUUGGAGAAAUUAAGUACUGAAUUUUAAAAGUACUUAAUGUUUUGUCCGUAGCCGCUGGUGUGGCAGCUACAUGUUUAAAACGCUGUGCUACGGUGCAGUGUUUGAAAUCUGUAAAAAUGAUUUUAAAAUCAUUUUGAUUCUGCAGUUGUCAGCAGUACAGUUACUGUUUGACUUGCUGUUUGAUAAGAAGUUCACAGUUGGGAUUUGAGUCGAUCAUCCGAAAGUAAUUUGGAUGAUAAAGAUUGUGUUUAUUUGAUCAUGGGCAAGAACCACGUCGUUCGGUUCUUCUGAUCUGGUUGUGGUUGACUGUGUUUGAUUGUUUGACUGCAUGUGCAAACUUGCAGUGGGGGUAAUUAUCAGUACUAAUUAGUGGAAACUAAGUAUCCACUUUUUGAUGUCUUGAAGAUGCUGAUAAAUGAACGGUAUUUAUCCGUUCUGAACGGUUUUUUCUGAUUGAUUGGCUUUGACCAGUGUUUAUCAGAAAGCUGGUAAUUUCUGGUUGUUUGGUCUGUUGGACUGCGGAUCUUCGAGCUCUUCGGAGGGAGAGGAUGGAAGAAAACCUCACCUGGAUACGAAACGUUUGGAUGGAUGGAUGAUAACGGACGCGCGUGGAACCAGGAACCUCGGAGGACUUGGACGGAACACCAACUUCAUCAACCUGGACCUCCAUUGGAACCCCCGUUACACCCGGAUUCCACACGCGAAUGAUGAAAAGGAUCCUCCAGGAUUACGGUACUUUCCUGGAUUUCAAGUUUUCUUUGAUUUUGGUUUUUGUUUGUUUGUUUGCUUUGAUUAACGCGGACGUUAAUUCUGUAGCAGUGGGGGUAACGCGCUAUGCGUAGUUGCGCGUAUUACGUACGUGUUAUGACGUACGUGUUGUCUGUUCCGUUACGUAUGACUUGCUGUUCUUAUCUAACGCAUUUCAUCGCUAAUUCCAUCCAUGAUUCUGGUUUAACGAAUCAGUCUGAAGUUUCUGACUUCAACUAAAUCUGUGAGCUUGUUUCUAGCUGAAAGGUCGUGUGACUCUAGGUUAGAAGGAAGUUCAUAUCUCGUUCUGUUCUGUUCUGUUUGUUCGUUCGUUCAGUUUGGUGAUUAAACAUUUGGGAAGUUCCUGAGUGUUUGGGUUUCGGUAACUUUCGUUAGGCACAGCAAUCCGCUCGUACCUAGCGGAAGUAGGCAGUAGUACCACUUACGGAGUCCAGAGCAUAUUCCCACUCUACCGAUUGAGUAGGUUUGGUCAUCUAGUGCGGUUGUCGCGGUGCGACUUCCGCAUAGCAUGUCAGUACUGUAUAAGCCUGCCGCUUAAUUUCUUGUGUGAAGGUGUAGUUUUUUAAGCUCUCAGAAUGUCAGUGAGCGCUAGUGAAACGACCACCAUAUAUAUGCAUUACACUAUCAGGUAGCGCAACGACAGAUUCCCCGUUCCGACAGAUACUUGUUAGGCAAGAAAUACGACAGGCUUGUACCAGCGAGCAGCUUUGCAAAUGUUCGAUCGGACAAUUACUGUCUACG